AUGAAGUUCACUUACGCAGUCGCCUUCCUUGCUGGUGUCGCCGCCGCGGUGCCCUCUACCUCUCAAAGCCUCCGUCAACAGUACCGACAGCGUCGUGGUGCUGCUGGUAGUGAGCUCGCCUCCCACGUGCAGAGUACUUUUGCCAGGAGCAACCUCAACGGCGUUCCCGCUGCCGCCGGAGGUCGCCGAGACUUGAACAGCCAUGGCGCGGUCAACGUGAUCCAGUCGACCAGGCGCAAGCGUGGUGGCAACGGUGCCCAGGCCAAGGGUAACAAGAACAACAACAACAACAACAACAAUGCAGCCGAUGAAGAGGAUGCUGCCAACGGCGGCAACGCCGACAAUGCGGACAACGCGGACAACGCGGACAACGCGGACAACGCUGAUAACGCUGAUAAUGCAAACAACGCCAAUGGCGGCGGAAACAACAACAACAACAACAACAACAACGGAGGCGCUGCUGCUAACAACGGCACGGCCAAUGCUGGAGGCAAUGCCAACGGCAACGCUGGAAACGGAAACAACGACAACGCCAACGAGGACAAUGCCGACAAUGCUGAUAACGCCGACAACGCUGGUAACGCUGGUAACGCUGGCAAUGCCGGCAAUGCUGAUAAAGCCAACAAUGCCGACAACGCCGAUAAUGCCGACAACGCUGACAACGCUGAUAAUGCCGACAACGCCGACAACGCUGACAACGCUGGCAACGCUGAUAACGCUGACAACGCUGGCAACGCUGACAACGCCAAUGACAAUGGCAAUGGCAAUGGCAACGGAGGAAAGAAGAACAAGGCAAACAAGGCGAACAAGCAGAACGGCGACAACGCCGAUGCCCAAGCUCGCAAGCUGAGAGUCCGCACCAGCCGUUACGUCUUCCGUCGGGCUUAA